AUGUCUAACAGUUUCUUCAAUAUGCAAAAUUAUGAGUUAGAGAAGUUGUUUUUAAAGAUUAAAAAAUCUAAUCGCAAAAAAAUUGAUAGCUUAUCAGGUGGUAACCUAAAAAUACAAAACCCUAAACUCGUGUUUGUGGAUAAAUCAAAAUGGCUGGUAAAUCUUACUGACCUUGAGAUACCGAGAGAUGUGACUGACAUGAUUAAUUUGGGUCCGAAACAUGGAUUACAUAUCAAAAAUGACUUUAUCCCUAUGGCUAAGCUCAUUUCUGAUUUUGAAGCUUGUACGCAAAAAAUUCCUUCCGAACUUCGGGAUCAGGCUAGAAUUGAUUACGCUAGCAAAAUCAACAAUUUCAAACGUAACCCUCAAGUGACAGGUACUUUCAAUAGGGAGGUUAUAAUAUCCAUUAGAGACUUUAGGUUAUCUCAUCCUGAGCUUUUGUUUCUCAAAGCGGACAAAGUCAAUGCCACAUUCUGCAUCAACCGUAAUGAUUAUCUAACGAAAAUGUUAAGUCAACUCUCGGAUGUCAACACUUACAAAAUAGUAAAGCAUGACCUUGUGUACACGUUACAACUUCGAGUUAACAAUCUCGCGAAUGCUUGGGUACAAAAAAAGUUUAUUUCAUCUCAAUUUAAACGCUCAAUUUAUAUAAAUAAUAGUGUGCCUGCUAGAGCUUACGGUUUACCAAAAAUACAUAAACCCGAAGUGCCAUUUCGCAUCAUCGUUUCCUUCAUUAAUAGCCCAACAUAUAAACUUGCAAAAACUCUCAAUUCUUGGAUAAAAAUUGGUCUAACUAGACCGGCUUCAUUUAUCAAAGAUAGUUUCGAUUUAGUAGACAUCAUUAGAGGUCAGGUAUUGCCAUCUAAUUAUAUUCUUGUUUCUCUCGAUGUUGUAUCGUUGUUCACAAAUGUUCCAUUGGACUUGGUUAUCAACGCAAUCAAAAAACGUUGGGAUAAUUUAAAAUCUAGUAUACCGGUUCCUUUAGACCAAAUGUUAACUGCGUUAAACAUUUGUUUUGAUGCCUCGAUAUUCAAGUUCAAUGACACUAUUUACUCGCAAACCUUUGGUUUACCUAUGGGUUCCCCCCUAUCACCAAUAUUAGCUGAUAUAGUCAUGGAUGAUUUAGAAUCGUGUUGUAUCAAAAAACUUCCAUUCACUUUGCCGUUUUAUUAUCGAUAUAGACUGAACUGA